AUGGUGGAAAACUUGGUGGAGAAACAAGGGGAAAGAGAGCAUGGGCGUGAGGAGCUCGAGGAGCAGCGAUGGCGGAGAGAGAGAGAGCAGAUGCGUGGCGCAGCGAAGGGGGUGAAUGAGGAGUACAAGCUUGUAACAAAAAAAAACCAAGCGAACUGCCCAUCUUACCCCAGGCUACCCCGUUCCCCUCCAGGUGCAGAUCCCUCCGCCGCCGGGAAUAGCCCGCACAACAUCGCGGCGCUAGAGGCGGACGCGAGGCCGGUGGUGGUGCCAAGAGGCAAAUUCCCUCCGUUCCCUAGGCUCCGCUUCUCGCGGAGUAUCACAGGCGUCGCCGGACCGGGCCACCGUUGUCGCUGCUGUCCCUUGCCCGACCGACGCUGCUCCGCUCCCCUCCGAUCCGUAGACCAAGCCCCUGGCGCCAAGUCCCGCACAGAGAGAAGUGAGGCAAACUACAGCAGUCGUCCACCGACCAGGCUGCCGCGGAAACGGAUGCCCGCGUUGGCGCCGCCCGCACUCGCCCCCGAGCCCAACUCCGCGGCCGCCUGCUUCGCCAUGACUCCCAGACGCGAAGACCUGCCCAUGGCUGCCCCCGAGUUCAAUGCUGCCUGCUUGGCCCUGAUGCCCAGACGCUCUCGACCUGCGCCUGGAGAUGGUGGAGCCAAUAUCAGACUGCUCCUUGCAAAUUUCUUCAUACAAAGUGUGUUCCCGUUUUUUUGGGUGAUUACAGAUCAGAUGCUUAUGAUGGGAUUUAAUUCUUUAUCUACUUUCGUGUUCACUGUGAUGUUUUCGUUGGAGAAUCAAAACUGUUGCUUUCACAUGUAAAUCUGUGUCACUCAGGUAGUAACAGGUAAAUCUCUGUCA